GGUCAAGGUGGAGCGUACUGGAGUCCACCGAUUAGUUAUUGCUUCUUUACCUUCCUCGCUUGGAACCAAAUCAAAUCGAAGCAGCGAAACGAAAGAUCCCUCGCCUUCGCCCCUUCGGAUCUACCAGGCACUAAUCGGGUAGCUAAUGCCGCGCCAGUUGCGAGGUCUGUAGCCGCCAGCGGGCUUCACCGGCGGCGCGGCGGGCAUGGAGGCACAGAACGGCGGCGGCGGACGCGGUGGGGCACCGGUGGUCCUGAACGUGUACGACCUGACUCCCACGAACAACUACCUCUACUGGUUCGGCCUCGGCAUCUUCCACUCCGGGAUCGAAGUUCAUGGCAUGGAGUACGGAUUUGGAGCACAUGAGUUCCCAACAAGUGGUGUAUUUGAGGUGGAACCAAAAAGCUGCCCUGGUUUCGUCUAUAGAAGGUCUGUGUGGAUGGGGACAAUUGAUAUGUCUCGGGCAGAGUUCCGCACGUUCAUUGAAAAUCUUGCAGGAAAGUACAAUGGCAAUACAUAUCAUUUGAUUUCAAAGAACUGCAACCAUUUUACAGAUGAUGUCUGCAAGAACUUAACCAGGAAACCGAUCCCUGGAUGGGUGAAUCGGCUAGCAAGAGUGGGUUCCUUUUUCAAUUGCCUCCUACCACAAAGCAUCCAAGUUUCUACUGUGAGACAUGUCCCUACUCAUCCUGCAUUUUCUGAUGAUGAUAUGGAUUCAAUAUCCUCAUCGAUCAUUGGGGACAGUGAUGUGGAAGAGUUGGACCAACACCUGCUACCAUCAACUGUUGACCACCAUUCUGUAGAUGUGCCACCAAAGCUAGCCAGAAAUCUUCUCUGAAUUGUUCCACUAUUCCACACUCUUGGAUUUCACGCAGCAGUAUACCUUCAACUGCUGCAGCUGGCGUCCAUGAAAUGCUUCUCCGGGUGGCGUGAGAGUAUAGAUGAAUGCCGCUGAUUGUAUUGAUUCUUUGCAACUGAGUCUGCUGUAUAGGCACAGACCGCUCGACAAAAAUGAAACGCUUUCUAAUUCUUUGCCUUUUACUGAUCUUAUAGUGACUUGAUGUUAGUAUCUUGUGUUCGGGUAGUGCUGUAAGGUCCUGGCAAAUUCUGUCAUUAUUGGUGGCACUGGCCUGAAGUUAGUGAAUCCGAAAUUGGCUCAUGGCCGUGGAUCCUGAUAGAGAUGAUAUUGAAACCAUGUCUCCGUUUAUUCUUACCCAGCGGCCUUAGCCACCUUAUGUUGUAACAAAUUAGUACAAUAGAAGCAUGCAUAUUUACCGAAAUUAGACAAUGUAUGGGACCAUAUUUACUGAAAUAUACAAUAUAUCGUUGUAUUUAUAAUUUUA